AUGGCCGCUCUGCACACGCUGUGGAUGGGGCUGGUCCUGCUGGGGAACCUGGGGGUCCUGCAGACUCGGGCUCAGCCCCAGGUCUCCCUGCAGCCCAACUUCCAACAGGACAAGUUCCUGGGGCGCUGGUUCACCUCGGGCCUCGCCUCCAACUCGAGCUGGUUCCGGGAGAAGAAGAAGGUGCUGUCCGUGUGCACGUCGGUGGUGGCCCCGACCGCGGACGGCGGCCUCAACCUCACCUCUACCUUCCUCAGGAAAGACCAGUGUGAGACCCGGACCCUGCUGCUGCGGCCGGCCGGACCCCCAGGCUGCUACAGCUACACGAGUCCCCACUGGGGCAUGGUCCACGAGGUGUCGGUGGUGGAGACAGACUACGAGGAGUAUGCUCUGCUCUACACCUACGCCGAGGGCACCAAAGGCCUGGGCGGCCAGGACUUCCGCAUGGCCACUCUCUACAGUCGUGCCCAGAGCCCGAGGGCUGAGGUGAAGGAGAAAUUCACCGCCUUCGCCAAGGCCCAGGGCUUCACAGAGGACGCCAUUGUCUUCCUGCCGCAGACCGAUAAGUGCACGGAGGAGCACAGUUAGGUGACCCCAGCCCUCAGGACCUGGCUGUCCUACCCUGCUCUGCUCUUUCUUCCAAGACCCCCGAGACUCCAGCCCUGGCUCCUCCCUUCCCUGCCUCUGCCCCCUCGGGCUUUGUCUCGCUCUGAGAAUAAACUCUGGAAGCAAGUCAGUA